CCCAAUACAAUACAAUCUCUGUGUUUCCUCACCCAAAUUGUUUCCAGUAAGCUGAAUUUUUGCCUGGACCACAAAGAGGCCAGGGGUUAGCCAGAGAAAGAUGUAAAUGUAAAGUGAUGCAAUGGGGCACCCUCUCCUACCCUGCCCUGGUGACCGAGCUGUGCUCUCUCUACAUUGACCCAGAGCUCAUUCCAAAGAAAGACUUGAAGGGCCUGAUUGACCGAGCCUUGAGCAGGUUCCGACACAGAGAUGUCAUUCACCUGUCCAGAAUGAAGCAUGGGCUAAAUGUGCUGGAGCUGUGGCAUGGUGUCACCUACGCCUUCAAGGACCUGUCGAUGUCUUGUACAGGACAGUUCUUACAGUACUUUCUGGAGAAAAGGCAGAAACGUGUCACCAUUGUUGUAGGAACUUCUGGAGACACAGGGAGCUCAGCCAUCGAGAGCGUCCGUGGAGCCAAAAACAUAGACAUCAUCGUUUUGUUGCCCCUGGGACACUGCUCCAAGAUCCAGGAGCUUCAGAUGACAACAGUGAUUGAGGAGAAUGUGCAUGUGUUUGGGGUGGAGGGUAACAGUGAUGAGCUGGACGAGCCCAUCAAAGAUGUGUUUGCUGAUGUGGCUUUUGCCCAGAAGCAUAACCUGAUGAGUCUGAAUUCUAUCAACUGGUCCCGGGUCCUUGUGCAGAUGGCUCACCACUUCUUUGCCUACUUCCAGUGUGCACCAUCCAUGGACGUCUACCCACUGCCCCCCGUGGAGGUGGUCGUGCCAACGGGGGCUGCAGGCAAUCUGGCUGCUGGAUGCAUUGCUCAGAAGAUGGGCCUGCCUAUCCGUCUGGUCACAGUGGUGAACCGUAAUGAUAUUAUUCACAGGACUGUCCAGCAGGGAGACUUUUCGCUCUCAGAGAACACCAGAUCAACCUUGGCAUCAGCCAUGGACAUUCAGGUGCCCUAUAACAUGGAGAGGAUUUUCUGGCUUCUCUCGGGCUCAGACUGCCGGCUGGUCAGGGCCCUGAUGGAGCAAUUCGACAGGACCAAGGAGCUGCGUGUGCCAAGAGAACUACAUGCCAAGAUUUCAGAGACAAUAAGCUCACAGUCAGCUUCUGAUGAGGACAUCGUUCAAGUGAUGCAGCGCUGCUGGGAGGAGAACCACUACCUGCUGUGUCCGCAUUCGGCAGUAGCAGUCUCCUACCACUACAAGCAGUCGACCCACGAAGAGCCCAGCUUGCCCAGGUGCUGCCUGGCCCCAGCUUCGGCGGCCAAGUUCCAAGAUGCUGUUCUCCAAGCCCAGCUGGUCCCUGAGAUUCCCAAAGACAUAAGAGCCUUGGAGCACAUGAAGACUCGAUGCACUACUCUUCGAAGAGGAGACGACUGGACCCAAGUGCUACGAAGCAAAAUAGAGGACGUGUUCCGGCAGAGGAAGGCUGGUGUGAACUCUCAGCAGUGACCAAGCCUUGGUGUCAUUUGUCCUUUUUGUUCACAAACCACGAGAUGCUUCCUAUGAGAGAAGUGAUUGUUUUUCUACUAUAUUAGCAAUCAAUUAUUAAAUUAGGAUUGAGGUUUAAAGUUUCUUUUUCCUCAUUCAGGGACCAGUCCCUGUAGGUCAUUGAGCCAGUAUCUGAAGGACAAGGCUGAUAGAUAACAUUGGCCAAAUCCUCUAGGUACAUGCCCUGAGACCUUGCGUGGGAUCCCACCCAACUAGACCUUACGUCUAUUUAGAGUGAGUUACAGAAUCGAAUCUAGGUGUAUUCCAGUCCUAAUGCACUGAGCCUGUGCCCUUGUACUCCUCCCUUGCUAUCUAAGGGAACUCAGCUCAUGAAGGAGAAAGCCAACCAGAGUGGCCUGGGAAGACAUGGAUUCCUUUGGCCAGAUUGCCAAAGUCACGUUGUCAGCAGGAGGAGCUGAAGACUUUUAACCCACCUCCUCACUAAUAUGUCCCCACCCUCCUCUCAGUCAGGGUGCACCGCCUUUUCCAAAAGUAUUUAAGCCUUCACUUAUCUCCAUAGUUUGCUCUUUGGUUACUGGGAGGAACUACUGACCGUCCACUUAUUGAUCAUCAGUUAGCCUAAUUAAUAGACUGAUUAUUAAUUACCCAGAGACUCUGUCUCUUCGGCUCUUCAUUUAUCUCACUUUGGCGGACAGGGAAGGGACCAGAGCUCCGCACCCCAGAUUCUUAUCAGAAAACUCCCCUAUAUCCUUUUUGAGCCCAGGUGGAAAAUUUGUCCACAAGGGGGAACUUUCUGGUAGGACCCUCUUCUCCCUAUUCUUUUCAUUCAUCUCACCUAUUUGAACCUGCCUUUUCAACUGUGAGAUGAGCACAGGUGUUACUAUGAGCCCGGGUGCUCGUUUCAAUAAAAAUCCAAUCCCAUUUAACUCA